AUGGGUCAUGCAUUACAAUCAUGUGCCCUUGACCACCCUGAUGAAUGUACUGAAAUGAGGGCAGUGUAUGACAUACACUCAAGUAUGUCAACUGCUAUUUCAACAGCCACAGCUGAAAAACAGCAAGCUUUCAAAGAUCAACUUGAUGACUUCAUGAGAAACUUUUGGGAAUAUGUUGGUCAUAUUCUUAGAACAAAGCACCAGGGUGAUUACUACAGGUACAAAACCUCUUGUGUUUGGUGACGUGUGAUACCUGGUUCCAGCUUUAAUUAUUAUUACUGUAAUAUUAUUACUAGUUAUUAUUAACCAAAGAAAUUUUGAAAUUUAUUGAAUACCAAAGAACACCCUCUGGCACAUCUACAGAGAUAAGCGUAAUGAAUUUCAUUCCUUUUUCUUUGUCAAGUUAGAGUGCUGUUUCUUACUUUCAGCUUUUUGCAACAUAGUUUUUCACCUGCUAGUAUAAUGUAGUACAUCAUUUUGGCAUGUUUUAAUGGUUUUCUGUUAUUUAUAUGUAUUGAAUAGAAAUAUUUUGGGAUUCACACUCUCGUUUAUAAGUUGAAAAAGUGUUGGAUGUCUCCUCAUUCACUUUAUUCUUGGACUCGAAACCCAAGUAAAAAUCACUUGGGUCCUAUUGAUGCCUUACCAUUGAAAUAUCAUUGCAACACCUUUUCCUCCAUACAAUCUUACACUCCUUUUCUGCAGCAGGGCUGGUCAAUAAUAUUGAUAAAGUAACAUGUGUUUAAAAGUUCUUAUUGGUUACUAUCAGUCUUCAAAACUUGCAUCAUAUUGACAUUUGCAGUUUGAAUUUGAUUUUAAUAGGAAAUUUUAACUGACACCAUUUUUUUUUUGUCAUAGAUAUAUUUUGAAGAACCUCCAGCCUGGAGAAGCAGUGGUGGUGAUAGAUUAUAAAAUGAAGCUUGAACUUGGAAUGCAUGCCAGAGAGGUUCAACGAGACUGGUAUGGGAAGCGUGGCAUUUCACUUCAGGGAUUCUAUGUCAUUGCACAAGUUGCUCCUGGAGAGCGACAAAUUGAGGUUCUAGAUCUUUGGAGUGAAGACACCAAGCAAGAUGCUUGGUUUACCCAGAGUGCCCUUGGUGUUGGUUUUGAAUGGAUGGAGAAAGUUUUUCCAAACUUGUAUUUGUUUUCUGGUAAGUUAUUUCUGUGCAUUAGCUCAUACUGCCAAAAACCUGAGUCACAACUCAGUAAAUUCGCCAAGGCAAGUCAAUUCUCAGCCCUGAGGGUUUUAUUCCCUAGUAAACUCUGAAAUGGCUUGAUCUCCUUGGUAAAGCCUCUCCACAGAUUGCCAUUACUAAUUGGUUUCAACUGAACACUGACAUUACAUAUAUCCUCUUCUGAAGUUCAGUGUUCUAAGAGUUUAAUUUACAGGAGUACCAUAAUGCUCAUACUAGACAUGUUUUUCUAUAGACAAUGGACCUCACUAUCACAACACAGCUGUGUUGUUAUACCUGGCAGAGGUAAAUGCAGCCUUUAACAUCAAGCUACUAGAAUACAAUAACUUUGAAGCAGGAGAAGGAAAGACAGUUCUGGAUACUCAUUUUGCCCAUGUGUCUCAUAAAAUAGUGCGUUGGGUGCGUGUGGGCAAUAACUUAGACUCAGGAGAGCAACUGGCAAAUCUCUUGGAGGUA